AUGGCCUCCCACCACAAACUCAAGGGCCUCCUCUCCUUCCUUUCCCUCUUCCUUUUCCUUUUCCUCCUCCUCUCCCCCGCCUCCUCCACCCGCAUCCUCGUCGACAAAGAGGAUACUGCCGCCGCCGCCCCCUCCACUACCGCCCCCGAAAGCGGCUCCUCCAUCGACAAGGAGGAUGUCGCCGCCCCCUCUGCCACUGUCCCCGGAGGCGGUUCCUCCAUCGACGACGGGGAGGAUGCCCCCACCCCCACCGCUGCCUCAGCCGGAGGCGGCGACUCCUCCGUCGACAAGGAGGAUGCCGCCGCCACCGGAGGCGGUUCCUCCAUCGAUGGAAAGGAUGCUGCCACUGGCCCCACCUCCGCCGCCGCAGGCUCCUCUUCCAUCCCUGAGGGCGGCGACGGGGCCCACCAUCCCCUGACGUUCUUCAUGCACGACGUGCUCGGUGGCUCGCGCCCCUCCGCGGUGGCCGUGACGGGCAUUGUAGCCAACCCGACGGUUGGGGGCCAGGUCCCAUUCGCCAAGCCCAAUGGCGCUGUCCUCCCUGGCCGAGGCGUGGGCCCCACCAACAACAACCCCAACAACAACAACAUCAACAACAACAACAACGGCAUCGUCAACAACAACAACAUCCCCUUCCUCACGGGCCUCAGCGGCUUCACCUCCUCCAACGUCAUGCAGAACAACAACAAUAAUAACGGCAUAAUCGGAGGUGUCCCCGGGUUUCCGUCCCUCAACGGCGCUCAAUUCCAGACUGGGACCACCCUCCAAAAGCUCAUGUUCGGGACCAUGACCGUGUUCGACGACGAGCUAACUGAGGGCCGAGACCUCGAGUCAGGGCUCGUCGGCAAGGCACAAGGGUUCUACGUGGCCAGCUCGGAAGACGGGAGUAGCCAGACCAUAGCAUUCACCGUCAUGUUUGCAAGCGGGAGCUACGCCGACAGCCUUAGCCUCUUUGGGGUCCACCGAACGGCCGUGGCCGAGUCGCACCUCGCAAUCAUGGGAGGCACCGGAAAGUUCGUCAACGCCAAGGGAUUCGCGACCGUCAAGACGUUUCAGGGCAACGGCCAGCACGACACGGACGGGUUCCUCCGGAAAUUAAUGGUGGAAAACAGAAAAUGGGAUUUCUCCAUAGUUGGCUGCUUGGUCUCCUUCAUCUCUGUUGUUUGUACCCAGCUCACGCUCUCUUUUCUCCCUCUCAUCCUCCCCACCUCGUCCCUUUUCACUCUCCUCCCCCUCUCAGCUCUGCUGCUUAUAAUUGUCGUGGGUUUGGGGAGAUUCUGCAAGAGGGCUGCUGGUGUGAGGGCCUCGGCUCCGGCUUUUGUAGUUCUUAGCAUUUUGUUUGUGUGGGCUCUUUACUUCUCCGUGAUUCGCCAAGUUAUUUCCCCAUUCGUGGAUGUUGUGUUCAAUGUUGAGGUUAUCAUGGUGAUCGUUGGCUUGUAUCGUAUUAUGUCGUUGGACCCUGGCUAUGUCACCAAUAAUGAUAUUUCCUGCCAUGACUUAGAGGAGUUGAAAAUUUCAGUGCCUAUAGUACACCGUGAAUCUUUGGCCCAAGAGGUUCUUACAGGACAAAGGAGUGCAAAAUAUUGCACGCACUGCAAGCAUUAUGUUAUGGGUUUUGACCAUCACUGUCCUGCUUUUGGAAACUGUAUAGGUCAAAAAAAUCAUCGUUUCUUUAUAGUGCUCCUGGUUGGAUUUGCCGCAUCUGAGGCAUCUUUUGCAGCAUGUGCUUCCCAUUUUACUGCUAAGUUUGGGACCUCAAGUGGAGUUGGAUGGAAGGGUGCAGUAUCCAGAAAUUUUGUCCUCAGUACCAUGUUGUUCUGCCUAGUCCAAGUGUUUUGGCAGAUAAACUGGAAACAAUAUCCAGAAUUUCAAAUGAAAUUCGAUCCGAGUGCUGGUCAAACAGAGAUCAGCACGCAAUUCAUAAACCCAUAUAACCGAGGAAUUUUGAGGAAUCUGAAAGAGUUUUUAACGGAGACGGGCCUUGAUUACUUUGCCAUUUGCGUAAACCCGAGUCCCAUAGCCUUUCAACCCGAAUUCUUUCAAGCGGCACUGCGGCUAGCCUCUGUAGACCGACCGGUGUGCGGCGACCUGCGAGCGGCGGCGGCGGCGGUGGCGAGCAACAAGGAAGCGGCGUCUGCGACCUGCGAGCGGUGA